CCCUUCUUCACGAAUAGAUGGUAGAGUUCUCUGAUAUGGCGGGGUUACCUGCCUCAGGCCAGAAACCCCGCCGCAAAAAAAAGAGUGACCCGCUUAUCGAUUAUCGUCCCCAACUUUUUAUGACUCGACAUCAUCUUCUAGACAUUUCCCCCCGUCCUACGCCCAAUUCCAACAAAUCCCAUCAUGUCUGAAGCUCUGACAAACACCGACCUUCAGGGUGCCCUCCCUCUUAUCGCUCGAGGCAAGGUUCGCGACCUGUACGAUGUCGACGAGAAGACCCUCCUCUUCGUCGCAACGGACCGCAUCUCCGCGUACGAUGUGAUCAUGGAGAAUGGAAUCCCCGAAAAAGGCAUCCUCCUAACCCUGUGCACGAAAACCUGGUUCAAGAUCCUCUCCGAUGCCAUUCCCUCUCUCCGCACCCACUUCCUCACCCUCGACCUCCCGCCUCAGAUCCCCGAGUCGCUGCGUCCCGUCCUCCAGAACAGAAGCAUGCUGGUGCGCAAGCUGAAGAUCCUCCCCAUUGAGGCCAUCGUCCGCGGUUACAUCACCGGUUCCGCCUGGAACGAGUACAAGAAAUCCGGCACGGUGCACGGGAUCAAGGUCGCCGAGGGUCUGAGGGAGAGCGAGGCUUUUCCCGGUGGUCCUAUCUACACCCCCAGCACCAAGGCGGAGCAGGGUGAGCAUGAUGAGAACAUCCAUCCGGAUCAGGCUGUUGCUAUUGUUGGUGAACCUUAUGCCUCUAAGAUCGCCUCUCUCGCCAUUCAGCUUUACAAGGUCGCUCAUGAGUACGCGCUUACUCGUGGUGUGAUCAUUGCCGACACGAAGUUCGAGUUCGGUUUGGAUCCUGAGACUAACGAGGUUGUGCUGGCCGAUGAGGUCCUCACUCCUGAUUCAUCGCGUUUCUGGCCUAAGGACUCGUACGAGAUUGGUCGUGGACAGCAGAGCUUCGAUAAGCAGUUCUUGCGUGACUGGUUGACGAGCGAGGGACUGAAGGGCAAGCCGGGUGUACGCAUGACCGAUGAGAUUGCGCAGAAGACGAGCGCCAAGUACCAUGAGGCUUGGGAGCGGAUCACUGGUGGUAACUAGGGCUACUAUCGUCUAGUCAGGGAGAUGGUAUAUGGAACGCUCAAUUGUAAAAUGUCCGGAAAUCCUUACUG